AAUUUAUAGAGCUUGUCAAAAUAAAAUAGCUUCUUUUGCUCCACAUAACUAAAAAGAGAUAGGGAAGAAGUGUCUUAGAUAUAAGAAUGUGCUGACAGACUAGACUGUGAACUGCUCUCAGAAACUUCUUGGAAAAAAACUGUUACUUUGUUUUCCUGUUUGGUCCAUCCAUUCCAGUUAUUGAAUCAAAACAGAAUUGUUCUGAGACUCGUACAGAGUACUUUUGUUUUCUUCUGUAUGUAUGGUUUUGAAUGCAUUGAAAAAUAAGUAAAUUUAAAAGACAUGUAUAUAUAUGUAUUUUCCAUUUAGUGUAGCUUAAAAUCUAGAGAGAACUUCUGAGGAGACCUAGGAAAGUGUUUCAGUGCAAAUACUUUUGGCCUCUUACAAGAAUGUCAGAGAAACAUUAUAGUAGUCGUGACUGAAAUUUGGGUGCUGUAAUUAAAAGGAAUGCUAUAAAAAUUUGAAUCUCUGUAUUCUGUAAUUUUUAAACUAUGUUUUUAAUUCCUUAGCUUUAGACACAUGCUUUUCUGGGCCAGUGAUUGAAAGCAGCCCUUCUCAUGACAUCUAUUCUCUUCUGAAAUACUAAUCUUUUCUGUUUGGUGAUGGUAGUGGUAGUUGCUAUAAGCUUAGCUCAUUCUUCUAAUGAAGUGCUGGGGAGUCCUUUUUGCAAAGGUCUUCUCUCAUUCUUUUUUUGUUUCCCCACAGCAAUGUAAUAAUUCAGUUCUCUAGAUCUUGCUGUGGGCAGUGGGUCAGGUGUAUGGGACUAGGGGAGAUACUGUUAUCUCUGUCAUAUGCAUGGGAAGCUAACCCUGAACUGAACUUCAUGUUGAGUGAUCAUCUUUUAACUUAGGGUUGGGCUUGUAGAUACUAAUGCUGACCAAAAUAGGCAAAUCACUUACUUUCUGUACUUCCACCACUUUAACAAAGAGGCGGGGAGGGAAGACUAUAACAGAAUGAUGAAUUGAAGACAGCUUCUAUGAUUGGAAAAUUUAUUACACAGAGAAAUUUUUUCUGGAUAAAUUAGCGUCAAAUUUCCAUGUAUGAUAGUUUAAAAAUUGUGUCCUUUCUUAAGCUUCUCUUUCUUUCUGUUACUUCAGGGGACAUUAUAAAUAGGAGAAAUUGCAUAAACUUCAUAGGAAAGCAGUCUUCUAUCCAUCAACUGCAGACAUCCACUUUGGAAGAAGAGCUGUAUAGCCCUUUUCUAAUCUCUAAGGCAUUUGCUGCUCUUUUCUGUGUCCAAACUUUUUCAACCUCAACAAUUUUGCUUAGUUUAUAAGAAAGUAAACUUUGGUGCCAUUAUUGUUUCCUGCUGGGUGUGUUAGGUAGUUCACUAUUUGGCUGAAUAUAUGUCUUAAGCUGGCUUACCCUCAGUGAAUUUGUAACUUGUUGUAAAGAUAUUUCACCAUGAAAUAAAAUUGUCAAGUAGAAAAUUGAGAAUACAUACCUCAUAACCCAAAAUUCAUUUUCAAGUUAUACUUACAUGGCCUAAAAGAUAGGAUUAAAUUUCUCAAAAGCUUGGCAGACAAUUUUAGACACGUAGUAGCUUCUAGGUAGUAUGAUCACAUUUAGCAUAUAUUCACAUUUCAAGUAGAGCUAAAAUACAACCAGGCAACCAAUACUGUGGAGUUAGGCAUGUACUCUUGUGUGUAAAUACUGGUGAAUCAGUAAAGGUGCUGUGUUAAUUUAAUAGCUAGUGAUGAUAAUUUAAUAAGAGGAACAGGGGAGUUAAGCUGGCACAUACAGUUAGAAUAUGUUUAAUAUCUGGAGCAGACUAGUGAAGUCUGUCAAAAGUUUGGAGACAAAAGGGGGAAGAAAACAAAGGAAAAAAAACAAACUGUGGAAUUGUGCUACACUGUGGAAAUGUUGAGGAUUAGUCACAUUAACAAACCAGUAACAACAUUUACUUGCUACUCCAAGGCAAUGUUUCAUUGCAGAUUCUUCUCUGUGGUUCUUAAAACUGAUGAUUAAUUGCAAGUACUGAAUUUCCUCUGCAGCCUGUAGAUCAUGAUGCAUGAAUUUACCUGCUGCUUGCUUGGAUUUGUAAAAUUGUUGUAGAUCCUCCCUGUUACCUGUGAGACAGUUAAUGGGGAGGAGUUGCCUGAAAAGCAGUACUCUAUCCCUAGUAUGUCUGCACAUUAUGCAAAAGAAUAAAUGAUUGGAUGUGCUGGUUAAUAACAAUGGAAUACAAAUUGAUGAAGAAGAUCAGAAAAGUAUAUAGGAUGUGAAUCAAUGUGUAUGUGUUGGGAGAGAUCUGGCCUGUCCUGUGAACACUGGGCAUACCUCUAUUGCAGUAGAGCUCUGCGUGUGUGCUCCUCUCCUGCCAAGUGCUGAUGGUGCAACACUCAAGGACUGAGUCAGUGUGUCAGCAAGAUCUGGAAGCAGCACGGUCCCACAGACUCGGCCCUGCUGCUCCCGAGUUCAAGAGGGCUUGCGCACUCCAGUGCAUUGGGAAGCCAAAGUGCCAGGAAGUGAAGGAUUAUGUUGGUGAAACUCCUAUUCAUAAAGCAGCACGGUCUGGUAGUAUGGAUUCCAUAAGUGCCCUUGUGGCUCAUGGUGCGCAAAUAGACUUGAGAAAUGCCAGUGGCCUGACAGCAGCAGACCUUGCACAUACCCAGGGCUUCCAAGAAUGUGCCCAGUUUCUCUUGAACCUCCAGAACUGUCACCUGAAUCGUUUCUAUAGCAAUGGCACCUUAAAUGGGGUUCAUCAGAAUGCAGGUCCCAAUCCAUUCAGUGGUGGGACAAGUCGAAAGAGAUCCUUUGAAGACACGGAGUCUGCUGGAGUAAAGAAGGCUAGAACAGAAGCUUACAGCUUUGAUGGCUUAAUACCAAUGGUGAACGGAGGAGCUGAGGACGAUGCUGACAAUAUGCACGUUGAUAGAGAGUUUGCUGUUGUAUCAGGCUUAUUUCUUGAUGCAGAUAUGAAUAGCAGUAGCUCCAUAUUGAAUGCACUGACAAAUGGAUGUGCCAUCAAUGGACACUUGGAUUUCAUGGCCGCACAGCAGCUCAGCGGGAUGGAUGCCAGGCGUGAGGAGUGCUUAGCAUUAACACCCAACGGGGUAAUUCCUGCGGGAACUUCUCCCAGCAGGCAUCGACUUCACACCAGUAACGGCACCGAGGAGCCGGAGAAAGCCAUGAGUAAUUCCACCGACAUGUGUGGAUCUCUGCACCUGAAUGGAAGCCCGAGUAGCUGUGUUUCCAACCGGCCCUCGUGGGUGGAAGACCCUGGAGACACUUUGCACUAUGGACACUACCAUGGUUUUGGGGAUACUGCUGAAAGCAUCCCUGAACUCAGUAGUGUUGUUGAGCAUUCCAAUUCUGUCAAGGUCGAACAGAGAUACGACAAUACUGUCCUAGGCACAAUGUAUUUGUACCACGGUUCCUAGACGAAUGACAUUUAUAUCAAAUGCAUAUUGAAAUUGCUACCAAAUGAAACUGGGGAGGCAGAAUCCUCACAUAGCAUUAAAUUUGAAGAUCGCAACUUGUUGCUAUUUUUACACUUUGUUUAUAUGAAAAGUAAACCUUUGAUUUGACAGCCUUAUACAAUAGUUGUAGUUUGUUGCAUGUAUGGGGCUUAUUUAGUGAUAAAAUAGGUGCUGUCAUGAUGGAAUGUUUAUUGUUUCAAAUUUUUUAUUAUGGAAUGUUCUGGUUUUGUAUUUUUUUUCUAAGCUUGUGAACACUAUCUUUCCCUUUUUAGAGCUGUUCUCCCUUUUAUUAUAACAAUGUUUAACUGAAUUUUGUGAAGAAAAUGCUACGUAUGUGCAUCACUUAGAAGUAAAGAUUUUUCUUUUCCGUAUCUUCUGCUGAAGCUAUGGUAGCAAUAUCAAUGCCAGCUCUCACUAUGCAAGGUUGAAAGUGGCAAUCUUCUGGAGCUUCUCUGACUUUAUAGUUUGUACAUUCGUUUGGUAUAAUUAGAUGUUCAUCUUUAAAUUUUUUGUACAAUGUGUUUAAAAAUGCGGAGACAAAUUUGGGAGAAGUUGCUGUUUCACUUUCUGUAGCGUAGCAGUGCUUUUUGUUGCUGUUGGGCUCUUUGCAUUACAGAGUGGGAAAGUGGGCUGCCUUUGUUCGGUCGCAGUUGGGUGUGCCUCAGGUUAGCUCUGUGGUGGGUUUCUUUGGCUUCUCUCCUUUGUAUGUGUGCUUGAUGUUUUACCAUAGCUCACAGACUGGAGGCAUGUUGGCACUGUUCUGCUUUGUACACAGUUUAAAAUUGCUGUUACUCGUUAUAGAAUUUGCCAAGUCAAAAUAUUUUGAGUUUGACUGUCUUGGAUAUACAUUUAUUGUCUUUUUUUUAAACAUAUGCUUUGAAAAUGUAACGUUGUGUACUCUUUGGGCUAUGCUCACAGAAAAUACAUUGUAUUUAAUGCUUAAUACAUAAAUCAAAAUUCAUAUAAGUGCACUAUAUGAGCACUAAUACUAUGAGUUGCUGCUUGUGUUAAAGUGAAGAGUGGAGAAGAAUAUGGUAAAUGAGAUAAGCCCUCUGAAUUGUGUUGAUUUUUUUGUUCUUGUUUUGUUUAAAAAGGGACCUUUACAAAUUGGAUUAAAAAAAUAAAGAAACAUAUUACAUUGUAUCUGAA